AUGGCGCCUUCUGUCUCUGAGGUCUCUAUUGCAGAUAUUGUUGUUCCUGUCAAGGCUGAGCUUCCAUCCACCGAGAAGAAACACAAAGUGAGAAGGACUAUCGAAGAAGAAGGGGGGAAGACCACUGCCAGUUACCCAAAUUAUCUCCCUACCUGGGACCCUAGCGAAAAAUAUCCACCUCUGGAACCAUUCACACACUUGGAUCGGGGAAAAGAUGCCGACCCUUCCUUUAGAGACCUCUUGACUGAGGGAUCCAAAAUCCAAAAGCUCACUCCGACCAUCGGCUCCGAAAUCACAGGCAUUCAACUCAGCAAACUCGAUCCCGCUGGAAGGGACCAGCUUGCUCUCUUAGUCGCUCAGCGCAAGGUCGUUGCUUUUAGAGACCAAGACUUUGCAGACCUACCCAUCCAAGAGGCUCUUGAUUUCGGUGGCUACUUUGGUCGGCAUCAUAUACACCCUACCAGUGGGUCUCCCGAGGGAUAUCCGGAGAUUCACCUUGUCCACCGAAAUAAUAACGCGUGGGAAUUUGAUCAAUACCUUGCCGAGAAGAACAGCAGUGUCUCAUGGCACUCGGAUGUCACUUAUGAGCAACAGCCACCUGGAACUACCCUUUUGUACCUUCUUGAUGGCCCCGAAGUGGGUGGAGAUACCGUCUUUGUGGAUCAAGUUGAGGCAUAUAAUCGUCUUUCCCCAGCAAUCCAGGAGCGUUUACACGGACUUAAAGCCGUGCACACUGGAUUUGAACAGGCUGAUAAUAGCCGAAGUCGCGAUGGUGUUGUGCGAAGAGAGCCAGUCAAGAAUGAGCACCCCCUUGUUCGGACUCACCCGGCGACCGGUGAAAAAGCACUUUUUGUCAACGCUGGUUUUUUUGAAGUCACUCGUAGUAUCGUGGGACUCAAGAAAGAAGAAAGCGAUGCCCUUUUAGGAUUCUUGUUGGCUCAUGUCGGCCGUGGCAUUGACUAUCAAGCUCGCAUUCGAUGGGCUCCCAAAACUGUCGUAAUUUGGGAUAAUCGCGUGACUGCUCACUCUGCAAUCAUUGACUGGACGACUGGCGAGCGUCGUCAUUUGGCACGAAUUACUCCACAGGCUGAACGCCCAUACGAAACCCCCUACAUCCCAGAGAAAAUCACAUCUUAG